AUGGCUACCGUCAACGAGCACGAGAUGCCACGUUCCAUGUCUCCCGAGACCCCCCCAACGCUGGCCAUUCGAGCAUGCCCCGAGCUGUCUCGAUGCGUAUCAACCGCUUCGUCCAUGUCACAUAGCUCCGCAUAUGAUACGAGUCCCCGGGAUUCAUUGGGCGGCGAGCUCUCUUCUCGUCAGUCCUCUGGCUCUUUUCGGUCAUCGCGGCUGUCGGAUGUUUCCAGCAUCUCCAGACAGUCGGCUCACAGUGUAGAUAGCAAGAGCCGAAAAAGGGGCUAUGUACGACCACAACCGACGGAUUUUGCUGCCAGUGCCCGGUCAAGGGAUAGUGUCAUGUGUUUGGGAAGUAUUGCUCAUUUACAAUAUUACUUUGCCAGAACCGGCCUCUUGGACGGCAAGGGCGGUCAGCUCGCCCGCAAGAAGCCGCAUCAGCGUGCCACCCUGGACUUGUCAGUCCUCGAAAAUACACGCUCUAUCCCAACUAUUUUUGGCGUAGACCUGAACGCCUCAGACGAUGCCAUGGGCAGCAACCUGGAUCGUUCAAGUCUUGCCACGGAAGCAAGUGUCACCGUCGACUCUCCCACAGAGGAUGCUGACGAGGACUACUUUGAGGAUAGCUUUGCCGAGUCGGACCCUGGCAUGCUGCCUCCGACAGUGAGCACGUAUCACCAGAAGGAGAACCCGGUUCCCAAGCCUCCGACGAUAGACAUGUUGAAGGCAGAGCUGGAAUCAUGCCUCGCAGACGCCCAAAAGGCCCUGGACGAAGUGCUUGCGCGCAAGGCUGGAUCAUUUCGGGAGAGUGCAGAUGCGCCGCAGUUGCCCAAUUUGCCCGAGGAGAACACACAGGGCUGGUAUGAACUGCAGGGCAUGCACAUCCUCGACGUGGUGACAUUGGCGAUUCGAGCCGCCAAGAUGUACUACACCACACACGAGAUGCCGGAUCGUCUAGAUUCCAUCAAGUCGGAGAAACAAAUUCGGGCCGAUCUUUUGGCUGUGAUGGAAGUCCUGAAGCAAAUGGCCACGAGGAACUUCAAGGGCGGCUUGAGAGACGAAGAAAUCGGGACCAUGGUCGGCUGGGUCAAGAGUGUCUUCCACAUUCUGGACAAGGAGGAAGAAAUCGACGCUGCUGAACAGGCGGAACGAAAGAGCUGGGUGUGGCUUACCGAUGACUGGACUGGACGGGAGGUGGAGAGAGAAAGGGCCUUUCUCGCGUCAUUGGACCCUGAAGGAGAACCACUACCCGGCUGGACGCCUCUAUCCCAAGCAUCCGAAUGCCCAACGCCGUUCCUCCGCAGUCUACAGAACGGACUGCGACUUGUCAAGCUGCACAAUGCUGCGGUGAAGAAGUCUAGAAGGCGGUUUGGAGCCAUUCCUACUUUUCACACGGACACGCAGAAACCAUAUCGAUGUGCUGACAAUCUCCGCUAUUGGGUCAAGGCGGCUGAACUCCGCUUCGAGGUGAUGCUCAAGGUUGACGUGCUGGGUGUUGUGUACAACAACGGACCCGAAGUGUGGCACGAGUUUGAGGCGGCCGUUCUCAAGUGGUGCAAGCAUGUCCGAGAGGAGCUUGCCAGCGAGCUGGUGCAGUAA